AUGGCGGAAGACAGUGACAUACACAAAAAAGCGCGACAAAACCGUAAAGUUGCCAGGAUGGAUGGAGACUUGAUCAUAGGAGCUCUGUUUUCGGUGCACAAACAACCACGCGCGACCGACGCCACUUACCGUACAUGUGGCGGAAUACGGGAACAGUACGGGAUACAGCGAGUCGAAGCCAUGUUCAACACGCUAGAUCAGAUCAACGCUAACGAUUCGUUGCUACCGGGAAUCACUUUAGGUGCGGAGAUCCGCGACUCGUGUUGGUAUUCGUCAGUAGCCUUAGAGCAGAGCAUUGAAUUCAUCAGAGAUUCUAUCUCCGAGGAUGACAGUCACUUAGAAGUAAGAGAAAGCUGUAAAACACAACCUUCCCAACCAAUUGUCGGCGUGAUUGGUCCCGGAUCGAGCCAAGUGGCCAUUCAGGUGCAAAACCUUCUUCAACUUUUCAACAUUCCCCAGAUAGCGUACUCGGCAACCAGUAAAGAUCUUAGCGACAAGAGAUUUUACGAGUACUUUUUAAGAGUCGUUCCAUCUGACACACUUCAAGCGCAGGCAAUGGUGGAUAUCGUGUUGCGAUAUAACUGGACAUACGUGUCAGCCGUUCACACAGAAGGUAACUACGGAGCUAGCGGCAUUGAAGCUUUUAAAACACUGGCUGAGCAAUCCGGCAUUUGUAUCGCUACCUCUGACAAGGUAUUUAGCAACGCCGAAGAUAAGGAAUUCGAACACGUUAUCUUGAGCUUGAUGAAGACCGAAUCGGCGACGGUGGUGGCGUGCUUCUGCGAGGGUGAAACCAUAACCGGUCUUCUCGCUGCAAGCAGGAGACUUGGAGUGUCUGGAAAUUUUGUCUUUAUAGGAAGCGACGGCUGGGCGGACAGACACACAGUCGUCAGUGGGUACGAACCGGAAGCAGUUGGCGGUGUCACGAUCAAACCCAAAUCGUCGAAUGUUGUAGAAUUUGAUCGAUAUUAUCUGAAGCUGAACCCAUAUAACAACACCAGGAAUCCAUGGUUCCGGGAAUUUUGGGAAGAGAGGUUUAACUGCCAUUUCAAAGACGAAGAUGCAGAUUUCUCACUAGAAGAACAAUGUACAGGAUAUGAAAACCUAUCUACGGGUUAUGUGCAAGACACAAAAAUGGGAUUCAUUAUUGACGCGAUCUACACCAUGGCACAUGGACUGCACAACAUGUACCUGGACCUGUGUCCAGCGAAUUCCAAGGGACUGUGCUCGGCAAUGAAACCCGUAGACGGCGAAGCCCUUCUACGGUACAUGUUUAAUGUGUCCUUUUAUGGUUACUCUGGUGACUUGAUUAAGUUUGAUGAAAACGGAGAUCCGCCAGGCAGAUACGACAUAUUUAAUUUUCAAAACUUUGAUGCAAGGGAUAGGCAACAUGGUUACGUUAAGGUCGGGGAGUGGGCCGACGGUACGCUUACAAUUGAUGACGAUACAAUGAUGUGGAAUAAAGGCCGAAGAGACGUAGUGGCGUCACUUUGCAGUCCUCCUUGUCCAAUGGGUCAAAUCAAGGUGAGUUGCGCGAUAAAUAUACAAAACACACAAUGUUGCUGGGUAUGCACCCCUUGUAAAGACAACGAAUACCUUUUGGACGAGUUCAACUGUGUUGCUUGUAGGAAAGGAUGGUGGCCAAAUGGGACGCUAACAGGAUGUGAACGAAUUCCCGUGGAGCAUUUGAAAUGGGAUGACCCGGAAGCAAUUGCCGCCAUAGUGUUUUCAUGUGUUGGAAUAAUAAUGACGACUUUCAUCACUUCAAUAUUCGCCAAAAACCACGAGACACCACUGGUCAAAGCGUCUAGUCGCGAACUGUGCUACAUUCUUUUGACUGGUAUAUACAUGUGCUAUCUGAUGACUUUUCCGCUAUUAACCGCACCCUCGGUGCCCGUGUGUUACUUAUCAAGAAUCGGAUUGGGACUGUCUUUUUCCGUUUGUUACGCGUCACUCGCGACCAAAACCAACCGAAUAGCGAGAAUUCUGGCAGGCAGCAAGAAGAAAAUAUGUACAAGAAAACCCAGAUUCAUGUCUGCUACGGCUCAGGUGAUAAUAACCUUUAUGAUCAUAUCCAUCGAACUGGGAAUCAUCAUUGCUAUGUUGGUUAUACAGCCACCGGAGGCGUACUACACGUAUCCGUCGGUUAAAAGGGUCAAACUGGAAUGUAAUACGAGCACGCUGAGUAUGAUAGCGCCUCUUGGAUUCGACAUCUUCCUAAUUGCAAUGUGUACUUUUUACGCGUUUAAAACGCGCAACGUGCCGGAGAACUUCAACGAAGCCAAGUUCAUCGGUUUCACCAUGUACACUACGUGCAUAAUUUGGUUAGCCUUUAUACCUUUGUAUUUUGGGAGUAAUGAGAUGAGGACAAUUGUUGUUUGCUUCGCCGUGAGUCUGAGCGCCACUGUGGCACUGGCGUGUUUAUUUUUUCAAAAGACUUAUAUUAUUCUGUUCAAGCCGGAACGGAAUCGCCGGAGUUCUAUGACGACAUCGACGCUUGUGCGCAUGCACGUUGGCGACUCUAAGCCAUUCAAUAGCAUUGGGAGCCAGGACACGCCUAGGAGUCAAUUAGACAGCAAGGACUGGUUGGUAGAUAGACGCCCAUCGUCACGGAAGCCAACUGUGAUGGUACACCCGUCAAGACAAAAUAAUGCUAAGUUUUCAAUGUUUAGCAAAUCAAUGAAAAAACGAAAGUCGACUAAUCGACAGAUUAGCCUAAUGAGGGCGAUCGAACGAGAUCUGGCUUCGACGAAAUCGUCGCCUCAUCGAUAUCGGUAUUCACAGAGCGAUAUCGCGCUUCUGGGGGAAGGCGUGUCGAAUAAUAACUUGAACGAGGUGGCGGCGGAAGACACAAAUGAGCUUACCAAAAUGAUACCGGAAUGUGAACAUGAAGGUGAGGAAAACAAAUCGGGGGAUGAACAAAUUAGCGCCGUAUCGGAGAUUGUCACAGCUUGCUACUCGCACUCUGUAGAAGCGUACACUGUUUGGACGAGUAGAGGGGAAAAUCAAAAAGCGGCGUGCAACAAGCACCCGGAAAUAAUUUGCUUGGAAGAUCUCAGUAAAAAAGAUUUUGGAAAAAGAUACGGGAAUGAUCUGCGACAAAGGACGGUAUCUUUGGAUUCUAAUGCUAGCGUGAGUAGCAUACACGCUGCACAUGUGCCCAGUACCGUACCUCGGGAGAUUUUUUCCCAGAGUAGUCAGCGUACUACUGACACACAACGAAUUAUAGGCGAGAAGACUCUAGUAACCAACUCGGCAAGUGCGCUUGCAGACGACGAUACAUGGACAGAAUCCGGGGGAGUUACAAAAUUAAAACUGUCAAGGUUACGCUCACUCAGCGAAGGUGGGGUCGACAGUGUUUCCUCGAAUCAAUAUAGCAGAUCAUUCGAUUCACCGUCGUUCUCAAGAGGUUUUAGCAAAAACAGCGAAGACGUCCCCACAUUGGACAACUGCGCGGCGGCUAAGAGUUAUUCCAGCAUCGGCAGUGGUCAACAUUCGUCAAUUGUCUUUAAAAGUCAAAAUGAUUCCCAUGAACGUCUUCCAACUUACCAUCAACCUUUGACCUUGCCACUGAGAAAACACGAUUCUUCACAACAAAUGGCGCCGGAAACCACACCGAGUCCACCACAACUGAGUGGAAAUUUUUCUAUGAGCAUGUUCUCCGAUGCGGAGUCUCCUUCGCGAGGAACUCGACGGAAAGGCGUCUUGGAACAUUUCAUGGAAUCGCCCGAUCAAGCCGUGGAACAUUUACCCAACAUACCAUCGUCCAAUGUAUGA